AUGAAUGAAAACCUGCAGAUCAUUCGUAGGCUAUCAUCCGCACUCGUUGGCCAUGUGAAGAUCAAGCAACUCGAUCAACUCCUCUUCGAAGAUAUCGAUACUUUUGGCGCUCAGGCAUACGAUCAGUCGAAGACACAACAGCUCCUACAUAGUUUUGAAUAUGAAGGCUGUCGCCGGCUAGAUCCGCUUACCUGGAUUCCUUGUGCUCUAAAGCAAUCUGAUAUACAGCUUUUCAAAGACUUGAAGACUGACGACGAUCCAAAAGUCAUAAAUCUACCCGAGGGCUUACAGGUUUGUUGCUUUCAAGGGCAACAUCGAGUUGCCGCUGCAAAGCAAUGGUUACCACCAACUGAUAUAUGGUGGAAUUUCUGUUUAUAUGAUUUGGAUAAGCUUGAUGAGGGUUGCCGUAGACGGCUGCGGGAGUAUGAAGCAAAGGUACGGACAUUCAGUGAUGGAGAGAUAUUUCGCAAUAUCCGCCACUAUCAGCAAAAGGGUAUCACUAUGGCUGCCAAUGAGUGGCUAGCACGGUGGUCUGUGACAAAAUGCCGCGAGUUCCGCCGGAUCUAUGAGCCAAAAGCAAAUCAAAAAGAGCUUCGCCAUCUAGGUCAAAGGCUUGAUAAGCUUUUAUGUUUCCCAGCCUUAUGGACCUCGUGGUAUAUGGGAACCCAUCUACCGAGCCUAAAUUGCCCCGAAGAACUCACAUAUGCCUUGCAAGGAAUCUAUGACGCAUGGCAGAUUCUCACAUCCAAUACUCCUUACAUCCUUGACCCAGGUACACUAGAGAUGCUGGAGGGGCGAUGUCCUUGCUUUUCAUUAGCUGAUCGCCGAUAUAUCAACGAGAUAUUUCAAAAUGGAGCGGCAUUUCCUCUUGCCAAAAGCCUUGAACUACGAUCGAGGUUAUUAGAUGCAGCUCUGAACUAUCCCAGAGUCAUUCCGUCUCUUAGAACCUUUCUGGAGAGUACGAAGUAUAUCAAGGCAAUGACAGAUGUUGUGAAAAAGAUCCUUCCGAAGAACUCCAAAGGCUCGAUUCUCCGGACACUACAUCAGUACUAUAUGCCUCCCCAAGGGAGCAAAUUUCAAAUCCAGUGCUCAGACAAUAGCUUUAUACAAAGACAGCAGUCGGAAGAGUAUGGCUUCUGGUCAGCAUACCGCCAGCUAUUUCUCUUUGCAAUGCGUCACUUCUGCGGUUUGACCGGUGCACAGCCUUUGGGGUUCAGUCAAGCUUCUAGGUCUCGAUGUCCGCAGCAAUUGGAGCUGACACAAAAGCUCCUCAAUCUUGUCCACACGCUUGGGUUUAGACUUCCGGGCUAUCGGGAUACACCUCGAGCAGAUCACUCAGACUUAAUAGCAAUCCGUGGUCUCCUAACACGCCUACGGCCGCCUGAAUCAUUCAUUUAUACAGAAGGUGAUGUCUCCAUGUUUAGUAGCAAAGUUAAUUCCAUACUUGCUUCGAUUGUCGCUCCACGCAAUAACGAGGAGAUACCUUCACAUAGCUGGGAUAAUGUUGAGGAUUGGUCUUUUCAACUCCGCUGCGGAAUGACAGAUACAGAGACAUUCUUUUCUGAUGGAAAAUAUUUAUUCUUGGACAACAUCUACUCAUCUGAUCAGUCUGCACGAGAAAACAUGACGUCUUUCGCAGUGAAAAGAAAUACCUUCCGCCUAUUCUUCUGUGACUUUAAAGAAGACUCAGGCCUACAUAGCGGCGAGACUAUUGAAGAAGAUUAUCAACAGCCCCUCCAACUUCCAGUUGAUGGAGAUGAAGAUAUGGGUGGAGGUGGUGAUAUGCUUGGAGAGGGAGAUAUAAUGGAAGAUGAAGAUAUGAUUGGAGAUGAAGAUAUUGUUGUCAGCAAAAUUUGCCAAAUCACCGCUCCAGAAGACACUGCACAAGACAAUCCCCAGAGACUGCACUUGGAUUCUCCUCCAGAUAACACUCCCGAGAAACUGCUCUUGGACUCUCCGCCGAUUGUUAUAACCAGGCAAUCCACUCAAUCGUGCGAGUGCACAGUUCACUUGACACCCGAAGACCUUUACAAAUCCAUUCCGGCAUCAUAUGAAGCGAUCAUAUUUUAUGAAAUGGAAUCUCAGAAAGCGCUAUUUUUUCGACAUGAAGAUACUAGACAUUUCCUUAACUUGGCUGAGGGUCUAAGCGAGAGAUGGUUUGCUAUAGUUGAGUCUUUUGAAGAUGGAUGUUGUCUAAAAAACAGUUCUCUGGUCCAUCUGUUUGAAUAUGUGAAAGGAAAGCAACUUGCUUUCUUUUGUCACGGAUUAGCAGGAACUAAGUUUACAAGCCCUGUGUUUCCAAAGAUGAAAAAGCCUGGGCUUGAGCUACCUCGCUUCAAUCUUGAAACCAGGAUGUGGGAGUUAUGGCAAGGGCCUGGACAAGAUGUUUUAAUGGAUGAUAAUCCUUAUUGA